AUAAAUUGUGUAAAAGAUACAAAAUCAAGAACAGUGCAAACACGGAUCCCUGGACAUACCAGAUGUAGGAGGAGUAAGCAUCCCUUAAUGACCGGUCACAUCCGCCAUAAGCCCUAUAUACAUGUAUCAUCGGGUAAACGGAGUAAUCCGAAGUCAAAAUCAGUAUGUAAAGAACGGCCUAAAAUGGUAUAAAACACGUCAGACAGCAUUCGUCCCAGUGAUAGCUUGAAUCUUGGGGACAUGUUUGGCAAUUAUAGUUGUUUUACACCAAAUGGAUGUAGCACAGUUGAUUAUGUUUUAGUGUCGGAGAACAUUUCAAAAUUUAUUUGUCAAGAUAAAAUUGAACAACACAAAUAAACUCCUAGUUGGCUUGGUAUACAGAUCACCGUCAGCACGACCAGAAACUGCUAAUAAAGACAAUAAUUCAGAUUUACUAAACUAAAACUAAAACAAAGAAACAGUUCACACACAUUUUUAAUACUGAUGGGAAAUAUAAACUACCCAGCUAUAGACUGGAAAGCAUGCAAUACAAAGAGUGGCAACACCGAAUCAGACGAAUACAAAUUCCUACAAUGAGUUCAAGACAAUUUCUUAUAUCAACACGUAAAAAACCCACACGAUGGAGGGGAUCGAUAUCUGAUACGCCGCACGAACUAAUGCAGAAACAUGAUCAGUGACCUUGAAUACCUGAGCCCAUUGGGAAAGAGUGAUAAUUGUGUCAUACAUGUUAGUUACAACUGCUAUACGAAACUGAAAAUUAACAAUAGGACAAGAAUGUGCUACGGCAAAGGAAACUACUCUGACUUUCAACAAGGAGAUAGCAAACACUGACUGGACUACAGUACUUUAUCCAAAUGACGACAUGAGCAGAAACCUGGAAAACAUUCUUAGAAAAACUAAAUAAGAUGGAGAAAAGGUACAUUCCGAGUGUAAGCCAGGAAUAUCAACAAAGAAAAGGAUUGAAUUUCCGAUGGACAAAAAGACAUUAGAGAAAAUUAAGAAAAAGAAUACAUUGUGCAGGAAAUAUAUUGCAACCAAAGAUAACAAAGUAAUAAGCCAAGUUAAAACAUAGACAAGGAAAUUGAAGAGAGAAAAAACAACAUGAAAAGGACUUAGCACAGAAAUCCAAGAAAAUUCCGAACGCAAUAUGGAAAUUCAUAGGAGAGCUCCUUACUGACCAAAAUAAUGAAAAUUCACCGAAAACCAACGUAGACGACAAAGAAAAGACUGAAAUACUUGCCAAAGUUUUCAAUAGUGUAUUUACACAAGAACCUGAUGAUACUGUACCGUAGUUACCUAUGCACGACACUAAAACGAUCAUGGGAAGUUUAGAAAUUACAGUGGAGAGUGUUACUAAAAUAUUGAAAGGACUAAAAAUAGAUAAAUCACCUGGACCGGACAAGAUACACCCGAGAGUGCUAAAAGAACUAGCAGAGACAAUAGCAGUGUCGCUACAAUUGAUUUUCCAAAAAUCAUUAUCAACAAAGAUCUUACCAAAUAUGAUGAAAAGAAGCACAAAUCAGUGCAAUUUUCAAGAAAGGAAAACAAAUAUUCAGCUGGUAACUAUAGAUCCGUCAGUUUAACAUCGGUAGUAUGCAAAGUCAUGGAAAUACUUGUACGAGAACACAUCAUUAAACAGAUGAAGCAAAAUAAAGUUUUCACUGACCGAGAAUCACUCCAACUUUUAAACGUACUUGAUAUAAUGGGACAUCUGUAGAUGUUGUAUACACAGAUUACAUGAAAGCUUUUGAUACAGUACCACUUAAAAGAUUAAUGAACAAACUCAAAGCAUAUGGCAUUGAGGAGCCAAUUAGUCCAGCAAAUUUCUGUCAAUAAUGAGUACUUAUCCUGGUGAAACGUGACAUCUGGGAUUCCACAAGGAUCCGUUUUGGGACUGCUGUUGUUCGUCAUAUUCAUAAAUAACUUAGCCAACGUGGUUGACUCCGAUGUAUACCUGUUUGCCGAUGACACAAAGAUCUUCAACAUCAUUAGCGACACGAACGAUACAGUACACCUACAAACAGACCUUAAUAAACUUUCAAUGUGAAGUUAAACCUGGCUACUUAAAUUUCAUCCAGAAAAAUGUAAACACAUGCAUAUUGGUAAACUCGAACCAGAACCAGAUAUAACAUGCACACUAAAAUCAAAACAGCUACAAAAUGUAAAAGAAGAGAAAGUAAAACUUUCAACACUUAGCUUCAGAAGAGCACGUGGAGACAAGAUCGAACUCUACAAAAAUUUCAAUGGGAAGUAUGAUUGAGAGACAACACCGUUCGUGAAACUAUGGAAAGAUCAAUUAGAACAGGGGCACGGGGAAAUAGCCUGAAGAUCCACAAAGAGCAAGAACUGAACUGCGGAAAAACCCGUUCGCCAUAAGAGUGGCAAAAAUAUGGAACAACUUACCUGAAUCAAUAGUCAAUGCGCCAACUGUCAACACCUUCAACAAUAGACAAGAACUAUACUGUGCGACGACCACAAAUCAAACAUAACCGGAAGUGGAAUCGACUAUGAGACAGAGUUUGAUGAUUUCCUGAAUCAGAAAUGGAACCUUAACGACAAUGGCAGAGGACGUGUUUCUAUACUGGGCCUCAGGAAGUGUCCCUUGCUGGAAAGCAAUGCUUGCCCUCGAAGAAAAAGGCUUCAGUCGAUACAAAAACAAAAUGAUCUCUUUUGAUAAAAAAGAGGAGAAAAGUCCAGAAAUACUGAAAUUAAACCCCAGAGGACAGGUUCCAACAUUUACACACGGUACAAUCGUGGUGAAUGAGUCCAGCGCCAUCUGCGAAUAUCUUGAGAGUACAUUUAAAGAGAAAGGGACACAACUUGUACCAAGUGGUCGGAAUGAGCGGGCACUUGUUCUUCAGAGAAUGUAUGAGGCUGAUACAAACCUGAUGCAGAAAAUGUUGUUGGAUUUUUUGUACUAUUUUUUCGACACCGAGAAAAUGGAUAUGGACCCGGCAACCUUCUCCAAAAAGACGAAGAGCUUGAAAGAGGAGCUGGACAGAUGGGAUGGCUACCUGGGACAGACAGGGGCUUUUAUAGCUGGUCCGAAUUUCACCAUGGCGGAUGUCUAUUUCUUCCCUUUCGUUGGUUUUGGCGUCUGGUUGGGUCUCGGUCUAGACAAAUUUCCAAAUUUAAAGGCCUACUACGAGAGAGCAUGCACAAGACCCAGUGUCAAGGCUACCUGGCCCCCGGACUGGAAGGAAAACAAAUCCUCUAUGACACCCCUGGCUGGACAUUUAUAAGAAUACAGAAUGGAGAAAAUAUCCCAGAUCAGAGAUACAUAAUGUAGUAUAACUGUAUUGUGUCGUAGGCUUCAUUGGUGCCUAUAAUACAAACUUUUUAAAUUUGUCAAGUAAAGAAAAAUUUCUAUUGCUUAUGUCAAACGAAGAUAACAUGUUGUUAACUAAGCUGGGUCAAUUUUUAAUCAGCAUUUUUGAAAUGAGAAGCAAUAAGCUUCUAUAAAACAAUGUAUACUAUAUACAUAAUGUAUAUUCUACAAUGAGAAAAGGUGUACCAGGUAUAACUCCGAAGCUUAUUCUACAAAUGUUCAUUAUAUAUCAUAGAUUCUAAAA